AUGUACCCGAAAUGAUUGUUGGUAAUAGUGCAAUUUCUGAACGUUGAUAACGUGAAAUAGAAUUGUGAAUAUGUUGGUGCUAUGAACAGUAUAUAUUAUCCCAAAAAUUUUUGCCGAAUUUGCAACCAGUGUUUCUGUUGUAUAAAUUGUAGACUGAAGCACGAGAAAAAUUAUCAUCAUGUGCACGUGGAUUGUGAUAUCUGCAUUUACGGGAAAGCCAUUCUCAAAUAUCCCACAGAAAAAGAAUUGUUGCUACACAUAGAAAACGAACACUUUCCGGUGCACUGCGUACGUUGCAAAACCACAUUUAAAUCGACGCAUCAAUUAUCGCUUAACAAUAAAUGCAAGGCAAAGCAUGAAAAGCACGAAAUGGUGUUAAUUGACACGGACGAUCACUUUUCCUCGCCUCCAAUCACCGCUACAAUGCAUAAAAAUCCACUAGAGUUUAAUAACACGGAUUUGAGUACAUCAAGCAAUAAAUGUUAUAUCACCACCAGCACCCCCAUGCAAAAAUCGAACGAAUGGGGGGAGUUCGAAAAAAUGUCCGCGGCAAUUACACCGGUAGAUUAUUCGGAAACUUCGUCGAAUGCUGGAUUGCAUAGUUCAAAAAAAACCUUCAUGACACCCAUGUCAUCGGACCUACCACAGAAUAUUGAAGCGCAGAUAAAGCGAAAAGUCACAUUUUGCGAAACGCCAAUGAUUAACAACCACAACUACCAGAAACCAAAAAGAAAUACUGUCAAUGACGGAUCUUUCAAAAGCCAUUCACCUUCGAUUUUGAAGAACGCUUUCCUCGAAACAAAGGUGAGUCGAGAUGAGAUUAACAGCGGCACAGUUUGGGAUAGCGCCUUGUCAGAUCAACAAACAUCUCAUAAAUCUAUUGAUAUAUCUGUGAACAUUCAGGCUGUCUCUAUACAGGGACCCGCGCCAGUUCAAAAUUCGCUAGCCACGGUAGCAAUACAAUCAUAUUUAAAGAAUACAAAAUUGGAAGCUACAGAAUCACUAUCAAAAGACGCAUUGAAAUCGCGGUGUAUGUCUGAGACUGACCAAUUAUUAUACUUAUCAUCCGAAUCAAAUAACGCAUCGUCUUCAAUGAAAAAGACGUCAACCGCUGAGUUUGUUUGCGAGAAAGUAUUUGUAUCUAACUCGAUUUUGGUUACUAGCCCUACUCGUAUUCCUGACGGUGAAAGGACAAUGGAUACCGAGCGUGAUAAGUCGAUAAUUAACAAACACUUCAGUGCAGACCAUUCUAGUCUAUGUAGCGGGUCAGAGAAUACUUGCGAAUUUAGCUUGGAAGGUGAGGUCUCUAGUAAAAAUGAACAGGAGAAUAAAGGGCUUUGGUCUUCGGUAACCAAAGCUUGGAAGACAAUGUUGACGGGUCUCUCAAUAACAUCUACGGAAGCCCAAAAUGAAGAAGUUGAAGAAAAAAAUAUGAAAAGAAUCAGAUCGGAGGAUUCGUUAUUGAAUGGACCACCAGAAAAGCGAGUAAAAAUUGGAGACAUUAAGUGCCGAAAAACCAUACAUUCAGUUCCCACCUUUAGAUAUGUCACGUAUACUAAAAAAACUGUUUUAUAUUACGAUAAGGCGACGCAAACUAAUUUUUAACUUUUAAUAUUUUAAGAAAUUUUUAAUUAAUGUUAGGGUUAAUUGCUUUGACUAUAAAUACAUGCAUUUUAUCUUUUU